UAAAAUCCACGAGCUAUUUUCAGUGAGGCGACUUUAUCAUUUCUUUUCUCCUGACUGCAUUCGUUGCGACCCUCAGUGAGAGGGCGAUUUUCCUCCAACAUGUGGAAAGGAAAGUGUCAACUUCUCCUGAUUGCCAUAUAUUUGGCAUGUGCUUCAGCCAACGAGUGUCUUUCCGGGUGGUUCGAGCACGAGUCCAGCUGCUACAAGAAGGAGAUGAUUCCCAACGGUUGGCUGGGGGCCCGGCACCACUGCGUCUGGCAGGGCGGCGACCUGCUCUCCAUCACCUCCUCGGCCGAGGAGGACUUUGUGAAGCGCACCAUGGGCAACACCCGCUUCUGGCUGGGACUCUCCAACCAGAAAUGCGACGACGUCUGGUGUGUCUUUGUAGCCGGAAGCCAGGAGCUGAUCUGGUCUGAUGGCAAAGGAACGACACACACCAACUGGGCCUUAGACCAGUUUAAAAGGCUGCCCGGAGGGACGGACGUGUUCCUCCAAAAGUGUUUCUGCUGUAAUGAAGAGUGA